UGCCAAAUGGCUUUCUUCUGCGCACUUUCUGGCGAGCCACCCCAAGACCCCGUCGUCUCUUCCAAGACGGGGAAGGUCUACGAGCGUAGGCUUAUUCUCAAGUAUAUCUCAGAGAAUGGCAAGGAGCCUAUCUCUGACGAAAAGUUGGAGGAGGCAGACCUUAUUAGCAUCAAGGCUUCACCAGAAACCGCCGCGCCACGUCCUCCAUCUCUGACCUCGAUCCCAGCAACGUUGAAUGCUCUCCAGAACGAGUGGGAUGCGUUGAUUCUCGAGUGCUUCGCCCUCAAACAACAAAACAACUCCAUCCGACAGGAGCUGAGCUAUGCCUUGUACAACCAAGAUGCUGCUCAGCGUGUUGUUGCGCGUUUGAUCAGAGAACGCGACGCGGCUCGAGAGGCUCUUGCAAAUGUCCAAGUAUCUGUGGGCAUUGCCCCAACUUCUGCAACUGAAGACGUCGAAAUGAACGACGAAUCUGCCUCCGCCAUGCCUGCACAUGUUGUUGAACAAAUCGAAAAAACGCAUGCUGCGCUCUCUGGCGUUCGUAAAAAGCGCAAGCCCCCCCCAGAAUACGUGACAACAGCUGAAAUGAAAGCCCUUGGUCCCAAACACACCAUUCCCUCUCUUCAUUCGGCCUCUCCUGCAGGAAUUACUUCGCUGGCAGUUUCUGCGUCUAAUCCUUCCCACUUCCUGACUGGCGGUAACGACAAGAUCGUGCAGCUAUACGACCGUGACACCGACAAGGUCCUGGCCACACUCAAAGGCCACACCAAAAAAGUCAAUCACGUCGCCUUCCGCGAGGCCGAUGGAGAACCCACAUUGGUGCUUUCUGGUGGUGCUGAUAAAAUUGCGAAAAUUUGGGCCCACGACUCCGCGUCGGGUGAAUAUAUCCCGAAAGGCACGGUUAGGACCCACAAAAGCGACAUCACAGGCGUUGUUGUACAUCCCACAUCGACCAUUCUUGGUCUCAGUUCAGCGGACAAGACGUAUUCUUUCCACGACCUUGCCACGGCCGAACAAGUCUACCACUCUACCCCUGCCGACGACCCAUUCUCGUCCCUUGGUAUCCAUCCAGACGGAACCCUCAUUGCACUUGGUACACCCACUUCGAAAAUUUAUAUUUACGACGUCCGUACUGGCGCCGCUGCCGCAAUUCUCGACCCGCCUGAAGGUGCUGCACCAUUCACAGUCAACACGCUCUCAUUCUCUGAAAACGGGUACCAUCUCCUCGCCCCCAACUCGCUGUCCACUGUGGCCAUUUGGGAUCUCCGGAAGCGGAAGACGGCGCACACAAUCGACCUCGGAGAGAGCUUCAAAAUCAACAAGGUCGUGUAUGACUACAGCGCACAGUUCUUUGGUGUCGCUGGAAGUCAGGGCGCGCGUAUAUUCGCUCACAAAACAUGGGAAGAGCUGGCCAGACUUGAUGAAGGCGGAGAGGUAACGGAUCUGGUUUUCGCUCCAGCGUCCCAGGGACGGCAAAUCUGGGGAGCCACUGGACGAGAGGUUAGAAUUUGGUCGCCCUCUGCAUAA